AUGGUUGACUGUUCUACGUUGUUCGAGACGAAAUCAAUUGCUGAGGUAGAGGAUUUUAACCUUUCUUUGUCGCUGGACCUGGUUCAGGCUAAGAAUCAGCUGAACACGCAGUUGCAAAGUUCCUAUAGGAAUAUUCUGGGGAUUUGUGAUAAUAUACAGGAUUUAUAUCAUGCAUCAAAAGACCUUGAUAGCAGUUUCAUGGAUCUCUGUUUUAAUGAUAAGGAAUAUAAACUUGGCCGUAUUGAAGACCUAGAUAUUUUGGAACUAAAGGUAGCCUCCCAAUCCACUAAUACACCGUCUUCGGGAUGGAUUACUGCAACUAAAAAGACCAAUGAUAUUCUCAACUUAAGCAAUUGGGCAUUGAGUAUAUCUUAUUUUAAGACUCAGCCCAAUACGAUGAAUUUUCAACGGAUGAUAGAGGAAUUUAACGCAGUUGGAAAGCAACACGCAGAUGAGCAUUCUGUACUAAUAAUCCGUAAUUGUAAAUCAUUGGAGGCGUUCUUAGUCGCUGAAAGUGCACUCAAGUUGAACAUAGAACAGUUGGUAGAGUUAUAUAUGGCAUUAGAGAAAUUCACGUGCUAUGAAUUUGGGUUUGACGUGUUCAAACGCCUGAUGGAUAGGCUACUCACUGAUCACCAUAAGAUCCUGGCCCAUGGUGCAAGCCCAGUACAAGAGUUUGUCAAACGCCAAGAAUUCAUAGAUGGAAUAAGAGAUAAGAUCCUCCAAGACAUUGACUCCCAGUGGCUCAAAUACAAUGAACAUGCUAAAAACCCAAAGGAUCCUGAAUUUUCACCUUACAACCAGCAUACAAUAAAUACAGACAUUAACAGAUACGUUCACGACCUUUCGCAUUAUGAACAAGGACUGACAACCCCCCAAAGAACCCUUUUGUGUUCCUGUGUAAAAAAUACAAGUGCCAUGGUCGCUGAAUUGUCAAAACUCAAAGGUACCAACUCAAAAAUCUCAGAGAUUAAAGUACGCUGGAGAAACCUUUUGUCUAAAGAACUGGAACACGCAGAGGAAUCUGAUCCGAAAACUAUAGAUGACCCUUCAGACAUUACGACAAAAUUGAUCGCUGAAAGGGAUAGAGAUCGUUACUGCAAGUUUUUAAAAGAUACCUUAGAACAGCUACAAUAG